CGAAAUUGCAUCAUGAUGGCGCGCUCAUCCUCUUAUAAAUCCUGGCUUACAAUUCUCUCUCGCUAUCUAUUCUACCACAAUGACUACCGCUGAACCACUGACCCUCUACACGGCAAAGGUGUGCCCGUAUGCACAAAGGACCGAGAUCGCCCUCGCUGAAGCGCAAACUCCAUAUACCCGCUACGAAAUCGACCUCCAGAACAAGCCUGAAUGGUACGCACCCCGAGUGAAUCCUGCGAGCAAGGUUCCUGCCAUCGCGUACGGUGGCCCUAAAGUCCCAGCUGACACACCAUCGCCUGAAUCCACGAAACUCGCAGAAUCUCUUAUUCUCGUCGAGUUCAUUGCGGAUCUUUUCCCGUCAUCGCACCUCCUCCCUUCGGACCCCGUUACGCGGGCCAAAGCCCGUUUCUUCAUCGAUAGCUUCUCCAACAAAUUCUCCCCCGCCUAUGCCGGGUUUCAAUUCCGCGGAGAGUCGCCCGAGGCUCUGUACAAGGCUAUCGAGGCCCUGCAGGGACAACUUGCUGGUGAAGGAAAGUGGGCCGUAGGGGAUGAGUUUAGUAUUGCGGAUGUUGCCGUUGCACCUUUCCUUGCGAGACUCGAGCUGGCGUUCUCGAAUGAUUUAGGGGGAUUUGCAGUCGGAGAAGGAAAGAAGGUGUGGGAGACGCUUCAGACGGAUGAGAAGUACGCCCCCUUGAGGAGCUAUUGGGCCAAGCUGAAGGAGAGGAAGAGUGUGAAAGACACUUUCUAUGCGGAUCAUGUAUUGGCCCUGUACAACAAACGCCUCGCUACUUGGCGUGCACCUAAGUAAGGAUUUCACAUCGGAUACUUUCCAUGGUAUGCUAAGCUGUAUUUUCUUCUAUUCGGAAAUCGAUGUUUCUUG